AUGUAUUUUGACCAAAUGAACAGGAGCUGCAGCUACGCACCUGCCGACUGGACAGCUCAUAGACCGCCCUUAUGUGACACGGAUUUAUACAUUAUCCCGCAAUCAGCAAUCAUCAUUCCAGAAUCGCAACAUCACAUCAGUUACUCUAUUUAUCCCCAAGUCGCAGUUCUCCUCAGUACUGUGAAUCAUCAGUGCAUCGCUACAGCAACAGCAAACCUUUACCAAAAUACAAUCUGUCCAGGGGGAUUUACCAACACCUCCGCUGCACGACCGAGGACGUACGGCUACGGGCCGGACUCACUCGAUCCCUACCGUCUUUGCGGUUCUCCUUGGCCCGAUCGUUCAAUCGAUCUCAAUUCGGAUGAAAGUGAAUGCUUUGAGCCCAGCAAGGUCGAGUCAUCCAUGAGUUGUGCUCAAUACGAAGCUGGGCUCCCGUACUUGCCGCCAAAUAUCGCAGCGCCAGGAUUCAUAUGCGUUCAGUCGGGAUGUAAUAAAAUCUUCAAGCGCCAGAAGAACCUUUCACGCCACUUGCACUGUCACUCCGGUAUCAGAGUCCAUGCCUGCUGGGUUCCCGGGUGUCAUCGCAGGUUUGUCCGUCGUGAUAACCUCAACUCUCAUUAUCUGACCCAUGGGAAAUGUGGAGGUCGAAACCGCUAUGUAGUCACUCUAGAUGAACAUAGCGCCCUUUACAAUCCUGCUUUUCGCGGUGCGCUGACACCUCAUGGCUGGCCGCUCGAAGCUCAGUGA